GUGCCAGUUAUCGGAUCUGGGUCUCGAAAACCUUGAGUGGCGUGGAACAGAACGACAUCGGCUCAAUACAGUCCAGUCAGUGUGUCAGGGAUUUUGCUUCGCGGGAGAAAAUGUAUCAGGCUCAGUGCAACGCUAGAAGGUAGGAACGAGCAAACGUAGCGAGCUCGCAGUUCGCAGGCAGUUUGUCAUUAGCUGUUGAACAACGACGCGGUUGUUAUUGGGAAGAGGUGCCCCUUUGAUCGUCGUCAUCGUCAUGGAGUGCGCAACAAGUGCAACGUAUACUGAACAUAUUUCUUGUUGUGAUGUGUGCGAGUUAGCAUUGACCAAUUUAUAUAAAAUGGAUCACUGAAAAUGACUCUUCACCAGUCAACCAGCAGUGUUCCCGAAGAUCAAACCAACUAAAUCCGCAGCGCUAUAAUGAAGUUCGCUAUUGCUGUUAUUGCAAUGACGUUGGCGAUCGUCGCCAAUGCAUCACCCGCUCCGUACGUUCAAGAUGUUGUGACCUACUCCAACCCAUGGCCACUGAAGUCCAGUACGGUUUGGCCAGCCUACGGUGGUUUGUAUGGCGGUAAGAUCGCUGUGGUCCCAGAUGUUGCUUAUGGAAAGUACUCCUACCCGAGCGUUUAUGGAAGUUGGCCAGCGUAUGGCAAGAACUGGGGAUACUCUUCACCAGUGGCCGUCGUUGGUGCCAAGGUUGUGGACAAUGGACAGUGGAAUUAUGGUGGAUAUGGAUACGGUUAUGGCCUCGGAUAUAACAAGCACUGGCUGUAAACAUGGGACAUGACAAGCAAUGACUGUGGUGAAAUAUGUAAAUAAACAAAUAUUCGAAAUUAAUUUCUGCAAAAUACGUGCAUUGUUUUUUUUUUACUGAAAUGCAAUUAUUGUAACUAUAAUCCGUCGGCAAAUUCGUU